CGCCCCGCCAGCGGCUCCGCCACCCACCGCCGGCCCCUCCGCGGCCCCCCGGACCCUCCGCCAGCAUGCCGGGAGAGGCGGCGGCCGUGCUGGCCAUCGGUGUGCUGCUCGCUGCGUGCCAGGCACUGGAGAACUCCACAGCCCCCCGGAGCGCUCCAGGCCCACCCGUGGCAGCAGCAGUGAGGUCCCACUUCAACGACUGUCCUGACUCCCACAGCCAGUUCUGCUUCCACGGCACCUGCCGGUUCCUGGUGCAAGAGGACAAGCCAGCCUGCGUAUGCCACUCAGGGUACGUGGGCACACGCUGUGAGCACGCUGACCUCCUGGCCGUGGUGGCUGCCAACCAGAAGAAGCAAACCAUCACUGCCCUGGUGGUGGUGUCAGUGGUGGCCUCGGUGCUGCUCAUCGGCGUUUGUGUCCUCAUACACUGCUGCCGGCUGCGGAAGCGGUGCCAGUGGUGCAGGGCACCCAUGGGGGCCCAGGAGAAACCAGGUGGGCUCCUCAAAGGUGGCACCUCCUGCUGCCACACUGAGACGGGGGUCUGACGGAGCCAGGGGGGUACCCACCACGGCCCCCCCAACCCAGGAUGCCCACGCCAGGACCACCACAGCAUCUUCCCCUCCGCUUUGGGGCUUUCCCUUGGGUUUGGCUUCCACCUUUUUGGGUUUCCUUUUUGCCCCUUUUUGGGUUUCCUCCUCCCCCCCAGCCCCCCCCCUCAGUCUCACCUUGCCAAGGAAGAUGGCAGCGAGCACCCAGAGCUGGGCAUCACCCACACGGCAGAGCCAACCCCUGGCAUCUGGGGCAAACUGGGACAAACUGGGGAGUGCUCUUUGGGGUUGUGUUGUUCUUGCUUGGAUUUGGUUCUCCUGGGGGUAUUUUUUGGGGGGGGGGAUUCCCCCUUAUUCCCACCCCCCCCACACACACAUCUUGCCAAGGAAGAUGGCAGCGAGCACCCAGAGCCGGGCAUCACCCCCGUGGCAGAGCCAACCCCUGGCAUCUGGGACAAACUGGGGGUGCUCUUUGGGGUGGUUCUUGCUUGGAUUUGGUUUUCCAGGGGGUAUUUUGGGGGGGUGGGAUUCCCCCUUAUUCCCACCCCCCCACACACACCUUGCCAAGGAAGAUGGCAGCGAGCACCCUGGCAAGCAUUGCUGGGCAUCGCCCGCACCACAGAGCCAAAGGCUGGCAACUGGGGCACAGGGGGGGUGGUUUGGGGGGGU